AUGGAAAGAAAAAAAAGAAAAGUAGAAGCUGAAAAUCGACAGUUUCUCGCAGAAUGGACUGAUUUAUAUUGCUUUACAUUACCUAACCGUGUUGGAGCUUUACCUGUUUGUUCGAUUUGUCAACAAACAGUAGCCAUCAUCAAAAGUUCAAAUCUGAAAAGACAUUAUGAGACUAAACACAAAUCGUUUAGUGAAAAGUACCAGGUAGGAAGUAAUCUUCGUAAAUCCAAAAUUGAGAGUUUAUAUUUAUCUUAUUCAACAUCGACUCAAAUUAUUGACAAGGCAAUGAGUGAACAAGAAAAAUGUACAGAGGCUUCUAUGCGUAUUUCAUGGAUACUUGCUAAACACAUGAAACCGUUUACCGAUGCUGAUAUAAUCAAAGAAUGUAUGAUUGAAGCUGGAAAUGCGUUAUUUGAUAGUAAAAAUGAUAUUAUGGAGACUAUUCGUAAUAUUCCGUUAUCUACGUCUUCAAAUACUCGAAAUACAGAACUAUUAGCAAAGGAGAAUCAUUCUAAUUUAAUACAAUCUUUAUCGGCCACGGGUUAUUAUGUUUUAGCUAUGGAUGAAUCGUGUGAUAAGACUGAUACAGCUCAGUUGUGUAUUUUUGUACGAUAUUUCGACAAUACCAGUGAACAGUUUGUUGAAGAAAUAUUAACUAUUUUACCACUUUUAGGGACCACUUGUGGUGAAGACAUAUAUAAAGCUGUUAUAGAAUAUUUCGAAAAAUAUAAAUUAGAUAUGAAAAAACUUAUUUCAUUAACAACAGACGGCGCGCCAUCGAUGAUUGGAAAUAAAAAAAGUUUUGUUCAGAGACUAAUUAAUAAUCCGAAAUGCAAUAACAAGAUAAUAUCUUAUCACUGCAUUAUCCAUCAAAGUGUGUUGUGUUGCAAGUUAAAUUUAAAUCUCGAAGCUACAAUGACACAAGUGAUCAAAAUAGUAAACUUUAUUCGAGCCAAAUCAUCAUUGAAGCACCGUCAAUUUAAAUCAUUUCUCGAUGAAGUUAAAUCACAAUAUGGUGAUUUACAGCUAUACAAUAAUGUAAGCAGUGAUCAAUUAUGUGCAAAAGACUAUUUAGAUUUCCUUGAAAUAAAAGAACAUGUCACAUCUAUCGCUUUUUUGACAGAUAUAUUUAAACAUAUCAACGAUUUAAAUUUCAAACUACAAGGUAAAGGAAAAUUAGUGUGCCAUCUACUGUCAGAAAUCAAAUGUUUUUCAAGGAAAAUGGAUCUCUUUUGCGAAGAUAUAGAAAACGAACGUUUGCACUUUCCUAACUUAAAUACUGUUUUUGAUGACGCUGAAGAUAAUAAUGAUAUUAAUCUCAAUCAGUUCAUUAAUUUUAUAAAGAAACUUAAAUCUGAAUUUGAAGAUAGAUUUACUGAUUUCAAAAAAAUUGAGAAUAUGGAGAUAAUCGAAUUCCAGGAAGACAUGAGUUUAAAGGAAAAAUUUACUCAAGUCACCAACACUUUACAGUACGAUCAAUUCUGGAUGAAAUACGUUUGUUCAAGUAAAUACCCAGAACUAAAACGCCUGGUUUCAAAACUGUAUACAAUGUUUGGAUCAACAUAUGUUUGUGAAGCCGCUUUUUCUAAGAUGAAAUUUAUUAAAAACAAUUUCAGAUCUCGGUUAACAGAUGAACAUCUUAUCGAGUUAAUGCAAAUCAGUUGCACUAACUUCACUCCAAAUAUUAGGAAGCUCGUGAAAACUUAA